GGUGAAAAGAAGAAGACAAAAUCCACCUCGAUCACCCCUCCUCCUCCUCUAUCUCUCUCUAAUCUCUAAUCAAACUCAGUAGUAACUCUGCAGAUUUAGAGAGAGAGAGAGAGAAUGAGGGAAGAGAAUGAUUCAAAUUGGUUUAGGAAAUGGGAGGAAGAAUUACCAUCGGCAGAGGAUCUGAUGCCCCUUUCCCAAUCCCUAAUAACACCUGAUCUAGCUCAGGCUUUCAAUAUUCAAAGUGAAGAGGAGGAGCCGGUGGCUAGGACGCUGAAGAGGCCGAGGCUGGUGUGGACCCCACAGCUGCACAAGAGGUUCGUGGACGCCGUCGCCCAUCUUGGGAUCAAGAACGCCGUCCCCAAGACCAUAAUGCAGCUGAUGAGCGUUGACGGCCUCACCCGUGAGAACGUCGCCAGCCAUUUGCAGAAAUACAGGCUCUAUUUGAAGCGAAUGCAGACCAACAAUACCCCCGCCUCCUCCGCCACUGACCGCCUCUUCGCCACUUCCCCCGUGCCCCCGCAUUUCCUCCACCCUCCCUCCGACCACUUCAUGCCCUUCCUGCACUUCUCCACCUCCCCGACCCCUCCAAUUAGAAAUCCCCAGGAUGAUGGCACGAAAAUUCUCACCCUUUUCCCCACCACCGAUCGCUGAUACUGUUCAAACUCUUAAAUCUUGUUUCAUAUCCUACCUUCUUUAUAUAAGUGUGGAUAACUCUCCCUCUUUUAUAAGGGGUGAGUGACUCAUUUCUAAUAGAUGCUUCUUAUAUUGGUUUCAAUCUCUGUUCUUAGAUUUAGUUUUUCUUACUCAGCUUAAUUACCAGAGUUGUUUGUUUGUUGUGAAUUACUAAUCCCUCUCUAUUGUAUUUGAAUCCACAUGCACUUUUUUCUUCA